AUGGCGCUCGACUGGCCGGCCGUCCAAGCCCGCGCGUCCGACGACGCCAUCGUGCUCCUUGACCAGAGCUCAGGUGCCAUGGUUGUCCUCACGAUGACAGUCGUGGUCGGCAACGUCGGGUUCGAAGUGAGCUGCGCGCACACAACGGCACCUGUGGCAGCCAGCCGGGCGGCCAUGCUUGACUUCGACGACGCGGACGAAGACGACGAGACUGCGGCCCAGGAACGCGACGGCGUUGCCUCGUUGCCGAUGGCGCUGCAGCUGCACGUGCAAGCGUCGUCGUCCAAGCGCCGCAAGACGGUCUCGAAAGUCGUCGAGUCGAUCACGAAGAAACUCCAGACGCUCAACAAGGACCUCGCAUCGCUCUCGCUGGCCACCGACUUUGUUGUGAACGGAGACGUGGCCAGCGAUGGCGCCAGGGCGUUGGCUCGUUUGCCAUCUCGGGCGUGCUGCAUGGACGCCGUCUGGCUCACGCUGCGUUCGUACGGAGAUGUGCUUAUGGUCGUCCUCGACUUUGAGGGCCUCGGGUCAUUUGAGCGUAGUAUGCAAGAAGACACGCUUCUCUCGGCCCUCAACGUGGCGAUUUCGCAGCGCACGAUUGACGCGAUCGGCCAGCUCAACAUGAACGCCAAGGACAUCAACCCCAACGAGGCCGAGUCGGUCAUCGACGAGUUCAAAACCAAGCUCAAGAGCCCCUUACGGACGCCACGGCCGACAACUUUGUCACUGUCAUGUACUAGUACGGCGUAG